GCAAUGGCCAAGCAGGCCAAUGAUGUGGUUUCAUAACUGCUCCUCCCACUGAGCUUUUUUUUUUUCUAUCUGUCUUAUUAAGGCUUCGGUGUGCUUCUAAGCAAUCCCGGGGAGAGCAGCUCUCACCAGACAGAAUCUGGAUUCUUUAUUCUUGAGUUCACUGUGUGACAGGGUGGAUCACAGAAACCCCCUUGGGAACUGACAACUGAUGUGCCAAGACUACUUCUGCCCCUGCUUUCCCUGCCAGCUUGGGACUCCAGUACUCUGUCUUGUUGAGUCAGACACACCAAACUACUCCAACACAGACCCAGGGUCUGAACCACAUGCCCCAAAGCUGCAAACUUAACUGAAAGCAGCUUACAGAAGUGUUCCUGUCUUUAACACUUAGAUGCCCAACUCCCAAUGGGAUCUAAACCCCAAAUAAAUCCAAUUACCCUGUAUAAAGCUUAUACAGGGUAAACUCAUAAAUUGUUCGCCCUCUAUAACACUGAUAGAGAGAGAUGCACUGCUGUUUGCGCACCCCCCCCAGGUAUUAAUACGUACUCUGGGUUAACUAAUAAAUAAAAAGUGACUUUAUUAAAUACAGAAAGUAGGAUUAAGUGGUUCCAAGUAGUAACAGACAGAACAAAGUGAAUUACCAAGCAAAAUAAAAUGGAACACGCAAGUCUACAUCUAAGAAAAUUGAAUACAGAUAAAAACCUCACCCACAUAUGGCUAAACAAAAGAUCGCAGUUGUUGGUGCUGGCUUGAUUGGCCUCUCAACAGCAGUGUACAUUUCAGAAUCUAUUUCCAAGUGUUCUGUGACUGUAAUUUCGGACAAAUUUACUCCCAACACAACGAGCGAUGUAGCAGCCGGAAUGCUUAUUCCACACACUUAUCAAGGCAUACCAAUUCAUCAGCAAAAGCAGUGGUUUAGGGAGACCUUCGACUAUCUUUUUGAAAUCAAUAAUUCAUCGGAGGCUUCAGAUGCUGGCAUUAAUCUGGUGUCUGGCUGGCAGAUCUUUAAAACCAUUCCUGAUGAAGUGUUACCAUUCUGGUCUGAUGUUGUCCUGGGAUUUCGCUCAAUGACUGAAGAGGAGCUGAAGAAAUUUCCACAACACAGAUUUGGUCAGGCUUUUACUACACUGAAAUGUGACUGCCCAUCCUAUCUGCUAUGGUUGGAGAAAAGGUUGAAAGAGAAUGGCUGCCAGGUGUAUGCUAGACGAAUUGAAGAUCUGUGGGAACUACAUAGCAAAUAUGACAUAGUUGUCAACUGUUCAGGCAUUGGAUCCAGAGAACUCAUGGGUGACUUGGAGAUACACCCUGUCAGAGGCCAAGUACUCAAGGUCGAUGCUCCUUGGGUGAAUCACUUCAUCCGGGAUGGGGAUGGUUUAACUUAUAUCUAUCCAGGAAUACACAAUGUAACAUUAGGUGGGACAAGGCAAAAGGACAACUGGAGCUUGUCCCCAGAUCCUAGAAGUAGCAAAGAUAUAUUUGACAGAUGUUGUGCUCUUGAACCCUCACUUCAGAGAGCCCAGGACGUAAAGGUGAGGGUGGGUCUGAGGCCAUCCAGGUUAGCUGUGAGACUGCAGAAAGAGAUACUGGUCCAUGAUGGGAAAAAACUGCCCGUGGUCCACAACUAUGGACAUGGUUCAGGUGGCUUUUCAGUGCACAGGGGCACUGCUAAAGAGGCUGCUCGACUGGUGGCAGAAUGCAUUGCUGCUCUGGAAGGCUCCUCUUUGAAGGCAAAGUUAUAAUCACUGGGGCCUCCUUUUCAGUUAUUGGUUGGCUAUUAUAAAUCUACUGGUAAUACCUUUGGAAUGUUAUUCUAUAAGCAAUGGUAGAAGCUACGUGCCACAUUCUGAACUGUAGCCAAGUGCUUGUUUUGUGAAAAAUGUUUGCCCACAAGUGAUAGGGUGUUUGUUUUAUUUUUCUGUGAGAGUUCAUUCAAGAGUAUAAUGAUUGUCUAGUUUCACCCACAUAGCUGUUGUUGGGGCAUUUGAUGCACUGGGUGAUGUAAGACCCAAGGAUCUUGAAAGGUGUGCUGUGGGAGGUACAGAUUCGAUAGAGACAGUUUUAUGUCUGUUUACAACAAUGUGUAACUCCAAAAACCUCCUUUGUCCUAUGACUGUGGAAGUGUUAAUGGACCAUUUCAUUUUGAAUGGCAUGCAUUAAUUCCUGUGUUUAACUAUCUGUUCCACCUUGCAUUUAGAUGUGACACUCUGAUUACCUUUUACAGACCUGAAUAAAACCUCUCUGCGUAGCUUGAAAGCUUGUCUCUAUCUCUUCCACCAACAGAAGUUGGUCCAAUAAAAGAUAUCUUCUCA